AUGUCCUACCGCUCGCUGGCUGCCGACCGCGUGUACAAAGCGACCACGGACGACCUGCAGCCGGAGCGGAAGAACUCGGUCGGUACUGUUUUUAAAAAGGCUUUCGGCACGCUAAGCUCCAGUCCCCGGCGCAGGCUGUCCGAGCCGCUUAUGUCCGGCGUGCCCGUAAUCGGCACCGGAAACAUCAACACGCCGCUCAGAAAAAUGCCCACGUCUGCCAUAUCCGAAGAAGCGUCGUUGCUCAGUGGCAUGCGAUCAGAGACCUUGGAGGAAGUGGAACUUACCGGCGUCCGUCCGUCGCUACCUGCUGUUCGGACGUUUACCAGGGGCAACACCGGUGUGGAAGAGGUGUACGUGGACACCGACAAUGGGCCGGUGUGCGUGGCCGUACAGGGCGAUCGGUCCAGGCCACCCAUACUCACUUACCACGACUUAGGACUGAAUUUAAAUGUUGAAGCUACUUAA